GCAGUCGGUAGCUGAGGGUUCCAACGGUCGGUCGGGCGCUUAACUCGACUUUCUUGUCAAAUCAAUUCGUCUCCCUCUUUUUUUUUGUGUUUUAUCUCGUCUUUUUUUCGUUCUUGUUUUGUGUGUUCGUGUGUGUCGGUGAACUUUGUGUGUCUGUCCAAGUGUCUCGAUUUCGGAUUCAACAGACGUCUCGAUUAAUUAAUAGUAAGAAAGAUAAAAACGUGCGGCUUCAACAUGCGGCGAGCCAUCUGCAGUGGAAUCCUUGCUGUAAGCGCCAUCCUGCUUAUCGUGAUGGGAAUUUUGGUGACCAUGUUCUUUUCCCAGAUCAUCGACAAUAUUAUUUACAAGGAGCUGGUCUUGAAAGUCGGGGGCGAGACAUACGAAAUGUGGCGCAAGCCGCCCGUCGAGCCACAGAUGAAGGUUUACUUCUUCAACGUUACCAAUCCGAGGGAUUUCCUUCAAGGCGAAAAGCCUGUCUUCCGCGAAAUUGGACCCUAUGUCUACAGUGAAAAAUGGGAGAAGGUUAAUUUCACGUGGCAUCCAAACGGAACCGUUUCUUACCAGCCGACCAAAAAGUUCUUUUUUAACCGGGAGCAGUCCUACGGCGACGAGUCUGAUUUAGUGCAGUCACUCAACAUUCCACUCAUCUCUGCAGCGGAUCAGAUGAAGUACGCCGUUAAGUUGACUCGCCUAGCUCUCGGCUCCAUGCUAGGCGUCCUCAAUCAGGAGACCUUCACCGUCCGCUCCGUUCGGGAUCUCAUGUGGGGAUACAACGACAGCCUCUUCAAGUUGGCCAAGGAUGUGAUGCCGCCCGAGAACGUCGUGCCCCACGAUCUAUUUGGCCUCUUUGUUGGUAAAAAUGGUUCAGCGGCUGACGGAGUUUUCACGAUUUCUACUGGCGCCAAGUCGAUGGCCAACUACGCCGCUAUUGAUAAUUGGAACGGAAUAACCAAGUUGCCGUUUUGGCAAGCGGACAAUUGUAACCGUAUCGUCGGUACUGAUGGAACGGCGUAUCCGCCAGACUUGACACCCAACACCACCAUCCACAUGUUCAAUCCCGAAUUGUGCCGCAGCCUACCACUCGUCUAUUACAAGGACGUCGUUCACAACGGAGUCGCUGGUUACCGUUUCGGACCUCCAACCAACACAUUGGACACGCCGGCCACAAAUCCCGAUAACGCUUGUUUUUGUCCACCUGGCACGAUGGAACGUGAUGGUAAUUGCGGUACUCGAGGGCUAUUCAACAUAAGCUCGUGCAAAUUCGGCGCCCCCAUGGCAAUUUCCUGGCCCCAUUUCCUUCACGGAGAUCCGAAACUCCUUGAAGAUGUAGAAGGAUUAUCUCCCGAUCCAAACCGCCACGGCUUUUUCAUAGACUUUCAGCCGAAAUUGACUAUCGCCAUGAUGGCCAAAGCCCGGAUGCAGAUUAAUCUCAUGCUAUCAAAGGUAGACGACAUCAAACAGGUGGUUGGACUUCGUGAAAUGGCAUUCCCGCUCUUUUGGUUCGAAACUGGAAUCGAUAAAUUACCGGAAGAAGUGAAUCAGAAACUAAAGUUGGUGGCCGAGAUGCCGGAGGCGGCCCGAGCGGGAAUCUCUUACUCAAUGUUCGGUUUGGGCGGUAUCCUGCUCUUCUGUGUGGCUUUAAUGAUCUGGAAGCGGAUGAAGAGCAAAUCUUAUGGAUCGGGAGGUAUGAGCAAUGCCGACGUCGAGUUUGAGAAACGAACGGAUGGCGUCACUGUUCACAAGACCAACGGUAAAAGUCGGUCAGCCGAAGAGUCUUCUGAUCUCCCCCGAUAAGUCUCCUUCCCGGUCGAUGUUGUAUUUAAUUCACUCCAUUUUUUUUGUUUUGUUCAUUCAGUUUCAUUCAUUUUUUCUCGCUCAUCUAGGCUUUUCUUUUGGUUUGUUUUAAUUUGUCUUCCUUUCAUCUUUGUUCUAUUGCGUGUGUGCGUGUUGUACGUGGUGCCAAACGAUUGCGGGAGGCGUGUGUUUCGAUUGUGACAUUGGCGAAUCAUGUUUCUUCUGCUGUUUUCCCUUCUCACUGGAUCAAAUAUUCAUCACCAUGUAUCAUAUACUAUAUAGAAUGGAAAUAUCCCGCUCACUAUUUCUUAUUUUUUUUUGUUGCUCCCACUUGUUUGUUUCUGUGGUUUUACGACUCCCGUGUCUAUCUUGUAGAGAUUAUCAACCUAUUGUAUCUCCGCAUGACAACAUUCCUCACAAUUCGUUUUAGGGACUCUCCAAAAAAUAAUCAUAAUUUGUGUUUUUUUCAUUUCCCUACCAUUUUUUUUGUUGAGAAUUCUUUUGCGCUCAAACAUUGCGUGCCUUUCAAUUUUGUUUUGUCAGUCUCGUGUUUUUUUUUUGUAGCUAUAAUCGUUCUUCUUUUCUUUUGUGACACGGCUCUCAUACAUAUCUCGUGAAUUUUGAUGCGGAUGAAAUUCUAAUGAUUUCCCCCUCCCAUGGACCCAUGUUUAGAUGUUCGUGAAUGAGCAGAUGUUGACAAGUGUUCCAACCGUUUCCUUUUUUUAAAAAUGAAAAUAAAACAAAUAAUUAAAAGAAA